AGGACUAGAUGUCGAUACUCGUCCAUGUGUGUAUCGAUACACGAUGCCUCUGGGUAUUUAAAAGACUCAAUUCGCUCACACACGGACCACUCUAUGUUCGUAAUGAUACCGAGCCCUCUGAUGUCGUUGCUAAUCUAAGAUGGUGACGACAAUGAGAAUUGGUGUAGUGCUCCUCACUAUAUUGUUCAAUGUUCUGAUAUACACAAAUUCAAUUGAUAUUACCCGCAUGCCUACACUAAAUAACAAAUUCGAUAAUACAGUCGAUGAUGCUUUACCGGACACUAUAUCACCCUUCAGCUACGACAUAAUCCUGAAAAUGGCUAGUCCGGACAAAGACUACUUUCAUGGGAUAGUUAAUAUAACCCUCGAAGUAUAUAAAACGACUCCAACCAUUAUUUUUCACUUAGAAAACCUAGAAAUAGACCUCAUAAGUGUCAGACUUGAAGGACUCUUAGACAAUAUACAGUACGAACUAAAGACACAGGCCAGAUAUGUCGCUGAGGGUAUUUCGUCUCUAACAUUUAAUAAAUAUUUGUUUCCUGGAAAGUACAUAUUAAGUAUGGAAUAUAAAGGUAAAAUAGAGAAAAACUUUGGUUUCGUCAAAAUCAAACACAAUAAAUGGGAUACCGGAAAUACGAUAUCGUACAUAACGGUGCUUGAACCGAACGGAGCUCGACGCGUGUUUCCAUGUUGGGACGAGCCAAAGUUCAAGGCAAUCUUCAAAAUCUCUGUCGACCAUAUGCCUGGAUAUUAUGUUUUCUCUAAUAUGGAGCAACGUAGCUCUACGCAACUUGGACACCGAAUACGCACGAGUUUUGAAUCUACAUACUUCAUGCCUACUUAUCUCGUCACAAUCGGUAUUCUUCAUUCUGUAUACGGAAAGGUAAUGAAAGACGACACCAUAUGGUUUAGCAAACAAUUGACCCAAGAAUCUAGCAAUCGCCUACGACAAUUCGUUAAACGGACUGAUCAAUAUUUAUCGGACUAUACGAAUAACUUCUGCACAAAAAUGAAGACCAAUGUCAUCGCAUUUCCAGAAUUACCUACGAAGAUUAUGGGAGGUUGGCAAUGUACAGUUUUCAGAGACAGUGACAUCGUACACGAGCCAAUAUGGGAUUUUUUCAGUCCUACAAGGGAUAAAUGGAGAAAAGUAACACACGGAUUAGUACGAACUUGUAUCGAAAGUAUCGUAACUCCAGCCAAGUGGUCUCAUGCAUGGCUUAGCAAGGCACUUGAAUUCCAAAUCAAUUACAAUAUCCUUAAAGAGCGUUAUAGCACGGAAUGGAUAAUACAUCUUUAUGUAGUGCAAAUUUUACUGCCUGCUUUGCAUAACGAUAUUGUUUUCGAUGUGCCACCUAUCGAAUAUAGAUAUGAUGCCGUUUAUUCUUCUUUAAUUUACAAAAAAGCAUUCACUAUAAUGUACAUGUUGGAAAAUAUUAUUAAGAAGGAUGUAUUCCAAAAAGCCGUUGCCGAGUAUAUACGAAUGUAUGCAUAUGGCGACGCUACACCAACCGAUUUCUUCAGUGUUAUAAAUACAGUAAUAUUACAAUUAACGGGCGAACUCCAACAUAACACAGAGGACCUAAUGGCCGGCUGGAUAUCGUCCAAAAAGUACCCUACAUUGCUGCUUAAACGAUAUUAUAAUAAUAGAACGAUGAUACUUUCGUAUGAUGACACGAGAGACGACCAAAUUCAACAUAAAGACUGGGUGAUUCCUAUAAAUUACAUUACGCAGGAACUUAAUUAUGCCAGUCAUAUAUUGUGGUCAGGUAAUAAUUCGUCGCGGUACUAUAAUUCUAUAUUAUUUCCUAUGAUCGAUAACAAUGACUGGAUCAUAUUAAACAAGAAAGAAUACGGCUACUACCGCGUGAAUUAUGAUAAUGACAAUUGGCUGAAAAUCGCGAAUUACCUAAAUAACAACGAUUACUCGAAGAUAUAUACCGUGGCUCGUGCUCGGAUCAUCGAUGAUGCAUAUCAUUUUGUUAUUGAGGAAAGAAUUAAUGCGACGACUUACUUCGCCUUGAUUACAUAUUUAAAAAGAGAAACUAAUGUUAUAGUGUGGCAUGCAAUGAUGAAUACCCUGACAUACAUGUCGCCUUUCUUCAAGUUCCGUGAAAGUAAAAAUUUUACGGACCUGAUGUUGUCUACCAUGAAUAGUGUUCUGAUGACCAUCGAGGACAUACAAAAUAGUGAAUACAAUAUGCAGAAAGCUUUGCGAUUAUUACUGCUCAAUUGGGCCUGCAAACAUGGCGAUCAGAAUUGCAGACACACAGCCAACAUGCAGCUAACGGCACAACUUAUCAAUCCAAAGAAACAUGAGAAUUGCUGGAUGGAUUGGUUGUUUUGCGCGGGUCUGAUGAACACGAGCAAAGACACUUGGGAGAAAAUAAAGCAGAAUGUCGCGAAUGGAGACGAUGUAGAAAAUAUAAAAUAUCUGACUUGCAAUGAAAACGAUGACAUGAUCAUAGAGCUUUUGAAGUCGAUUAUCUUCGAGCCUGACAAUAACUGGCCACAACUGUCAAAUAUACAGCUGAAAAAAUUAUACGAUGCCAUUAUAAAGAAGCAUUCAAGCAAGACAAAAGUACUGAAUUUUCUCUUGGAAAAUUUCGAUUCUAUAUUUCCCAGUUACAUGACUAAAAUCGAGAAAAUAAGUAAUAUUAUACUGAGUCAAUAUUCCAAGUGCCACAUUGGGAAGAUAUCGAAUUACGUAUCAAGUAAUCCUAAGUGGAACGAGGAACAUAUUAAAACAAUUGCAAGAAUUUUAUUAAUACAAAUGGCUCGAAUAAAGGAACAAUAUACAUUUGUGCACAUUUUUACGCAAAAUGUAGAUACAGAGAGAUGUGUGACGACAAUGAGAAUUGGUGUAGUGCUUCUCACUAUAUUGUUCAAUGCCGGUCUGAUAUGCACAUAUUCAAUUCAGGAUAUUACCCGCAUGCCUUCAUUAAAUAAUGAUUUCGAUACAUUCGAUGAUCUUUUACCGAACACUGUAUCGCCCCUCAGCUACGACAUAAUCCUGAAACCGAACAAUGACUACUUUUAUGGGGUAGUUAGUAUACGCAUCGAAGUAAUUGAAACGACCUCAAACAUUACUUUUCACUUGCAAAACCUAGAAAUAAACUAUGAAAGUGUCAAACUUGAAGGACUUUCAGACAAUACAAAGUACGAACUAAAGGGAGAGAUCAGAUAUGACGAUAUGAGUAUUACGUCCCUAAUAUUUAAUACCAAGUUGUUUCCUGGAUCUUACAUAUUAAGUAUGGAGUAUACAGGUAACAUAGAGGAAAACUUGGGCUUCGUCAAAAUCAAACACAAUAAAUGGGAUACCGGAAAUACGAUAUCGUACAUAACGAUGCUUGAACCGAACGGAGCUCGACGCGUGUUUCCAUGUUGGGACGAGCCAAAGUUCAAGGCAAUCUUCAAAAUCUCUGUCGACCAUAUGCCUGGAUAUUAUGUCUUCUCUAAUAUGAAGGAACAUACGUCUACGCAACUUAAACAACGAAUACGCACGAAUUUUGAAUCUACAUACUAUAUGCCUACUUAUCUCGUCACAAUCGGUAUUCUUCAUUCUGUAUACGGAAAGAUAAUGACAGAUGACACCAUAUGGUUUAGCAAACAAUUGACCCAAGAAUCUAGCAAUCGCCUGCGACAAAUCGUUAAAUGGACUGAUCAAUAUUUAAUGAACUAUACGAAUAACUUCUGCACAAAAUUAACAACCAAUGUCAUCGCAUUUCCCGAAUUACCUAAGAAGAUUAUAGGAGGUUGGCAAUGUACAGUUUUCAGAGACAGUGACAUCGUACACAAGCCAAUAUGGGAUUUUUUCAGUCCUACAAGAGAUACAUGGAGAAAAGUAACACAUGGAUUAGUACAAAAUUGUAUCGAAAGUAUCGUCACUCCAUCCAAGUGGUCUCAUUUAUGGCUUAACAAGGCACUUGAAUUCCAAAUCAAUUACAAUAUUCUUAAAGAGCGUUAUAACACGGAAUGGAUGAUACAUCUUUAUGUAGUGCAAAUUUUACUGCCUGCUUUGCAUUACGAUAUUGUUUCCAAUGUGCCACCUAUCGAAUAUGGAUAUGAUGCCGUUUAUUCUUCUUUAAUUUACAAAAAAGCAUUCACUAUAAUGCACAUGUUGGAAAAAAUCAUUAAAGAGGAUAUAUUCCAGCAAGCCGUUGUCGAGUAUAUAAACACGUAUGCAUAUGGCAGCGCUACACCAACCAAUUUCUUCAGUGCUAUAAAUACAGUAAUAUUACGAUUAACGGGCAAACUCCUAUAUCACACAGAGGACCUAAUGGCCGGCUGGGUGUCGUCCAAAAAGUAUCCUACAUUGCUGCUUAAACGAUAUUAUAAUAAUAGAACGAUGAUACUUUCGUAUGAUGACACGAGAGACAACCAAAUUAAACAUAAAGACUGGGUGAUUCCUGUAACUUACAUUACGCAGAAAUAUAAAUAUAAUCAUGACAAACCUGUAUUGUGGUCAGGUAAUAUUUCAUCGCGGUACUAUAACUCUAUAACAUUUCCUGUGAUCGAUAACAAUGACUGGAUCAUAUUGAACGAGAAAGAAUACGGCUACUAUCGCGUGAAUUAUGAUAAUGACAAUUGGCUGAAAAUCGCGAAUUACCUAAAUAACAACGAUUACUCGAAGAUAUAUACCGUGGCUCGUGCUCGGAUCAUCGAUGAUGCAUAUCAUUUUGUUAUUGAGGAAAGAAUUAAUGCGACGACUUACUUCGCCUUGAUUACAUAUUUAAAAAGAGAAACUAAUGUUAUAGUGUGGCAUGCAAUGAUGAAUACCCUGACAUACAUGUCGCCUUUCUUCAAGUUCCGUGAAAGUAAAAAUUUUACGGACCUGAUGUUGUCUGCCAUGAAUAGUGUUCUGAUGACCAUCGAGGACAAAGAAGAUAGUGAACACAGUAUGCAAAAAGCUAUGCGAUUAUUACUGCUCAAUUGGGCCUGCAAACACGGCGAUCAGAAUUGCAGACAGACAGCCAACAUGCAGCUAACGGCACAACUUAACAAUCCAAAGAAAUAUGAGAAUUGCUGGAUGGAUUGGUUGUUUUGCGCGGGUCUGAUGAACACGCGCAACGACACUUGGGAGAAAAUAAAGCAAAAUGUCACGGAUGGAGACGGUGUAGAAAAUAUAAAAUAUCUGACUUGCAAUGAAAACGAUGACAUGAUCAUAGAGCUUUUGAAGUCGAUUAUCUUCGAGCCUGGUAAUAAAUGGCCACAACUGUCAAAUAUACAGCUGAAAAAAUUAUACGACGCCAUUAUAAAGAAGCAUUCAAGCAAGACAAAAGUACUGAAUUUUCUCUUGGAAAAUUUCGAUUCUAUAUUUCCCAGUUACAUGACUAAAAUCGAGAAAAUAAGUAAUAUUAUACUGAGCCAAUAUUCCAAGUGUCAAAUUGCGAAGAUAUCGAAUUACGUAACAAGUAAUCCCAAGUGGAACGAGGAACGAAUUACAGUUACAAGUAUUUUAUCAAUACAAUUGGCUCGAAUAGAGAAACAAUAUACAUUCGUGCACAUUUUUACGCAAAAUGUAGAUACAGAGAGAUGUUGAUCAAACAAUU